CUUCAGUACAUAGCAUCAAUCAAACACAGGAAUAUCUAUGUAGUAAUUAAUUAGCAGAUCAAUCUCCCCGUCUGUCCCAUGGAUGAUGCUAGGUGCUGCAGUGCUGUCAAUCCAGCCUGAGGCACGCCGCUCCGCCUAACCCCCGACGCCGAUGCUCCCGGUCGAUCCCCGUUUGCGACCGUCCAUCCAUCCAUCCAGCCAUCCAUCCAUCAUCCCUCAUCCAUGCACGACGUUUUCCCUAGGUUGGCGGCUAACUUUGAUGGUGAUGAUGAUGAUGAUGAUGAUGACGGUGAUGGUGAUAAGACGAUGGUUUGGUUACAUUCAAACUUCACACGUCCAUCUCACCCUUUCAUCUACCAGACAAUUCAUACACACGCACACACACACACACACACACACACACACACACACACACACAGUCAGCGACCAUCUCGUAUUCCCUUCAACGGAGCCGACCACAAGUCCAGAUGCGGGGGCACACGGCUCCACAGCAUUAUGCCGACUGUUAUUGCAGUAUCUGGCUAGGUACCUCUCCUCCCUCUCUCCCUCUCCCUCUCAACAGAAAUCAGAAUCAUCGACAUCGCGAUAACGCUGCGUGCCACGGCGACAUGCUGUAUAACUGCCCUCUUCCCUCCUACAGGGCCGAAACGUGCAUGCCCAUCCCGUCCCCCGUCCGUCUGAAGGACGAGCCGAAGCGAGCCAGGGCUAGCGUCCCCGAAUGCGGCAUAAUUAGCACCUGCAGUGUUGCUAUUAUUACUUUCUUCGUCACUAUUAAGGCCGG